AUGGCAGAAGGAAAGAUAAACACGAUCCCAUUUAACUCUGAUAAGCUAAAAUUCGAUACAAAUACACCAAGUUUGGAUUAAAUGAAAAAAGUAUUUGAGCCUAUUAAGCCUUACAAUUAUAAUUGUAAUUAGUUAAUAUUAAUAUAAAGGCCAAUUAGAUUAAUAUAAUGUGAAAUUAUGUGGAGUCGUAUUUGAUGCGAUAGGAGAACCAGAUUUUAUCAUGAAUAAUGAUAAUUUGGAAAGCGAAAUAGAUACUAUAGAAUGA